AUGUGUAGAAUUGAGAAAACAGGCAAUCAUAAAGCAAAUCUUCUCAAGCUGUCGGCCCUAUUCAAUUUCCAAAGUCUGAUCUGCGUAAUUUUGUUGUUAAUUUGCACUUGUACUUAUGUACGUGCUUUUGUACCGAAGCUGAUUGAUCGUAAUAAAGAAGGUUUCCUGGGUGUCUUUUGGAAGUGUGCUCGAAUCGGAGAGCGUUUAAGUCCGUGGAUUGCCCUCGCUUGCUUCUCGAUGGCAUUCGUUGUUCUUUUCUUUUAA